AUGUCAGCUCAACAGGACAAGCAUGGGGAGCUGCCGACCAUGGAGGAUCAGAUCAACGCCGUUGGCUUCGGCAGGUUCCACAUCCUGGCCGUCACGACUUUCAUCCUCUUCAUCAUCAGCGAUGGGAUGGAGCUGGUGGUGACCAACGUGAUAUGGAGAGCGAUGCCCGUCGAGGAGUGGGGAGGAGACGACAGCAUGAGGGCGCUUCUAGUGUCGCUGUCGUUCUCGGGCUUCGUGGUCGGGGCGAUCAUAGGAGGACAGCUGGGCGACACUUUCGGGAGGAAGCCGAUCCUCUACGCUCACACCAUGGUGUUCGUGCCCUUGUCCAUCGCAUCCGCCACGUCGGAGAGCUUCUACCAGCUUGCGGUCACGCGCUUUCUGAUCGGCAUAUCCAUGGGGCUGGUGCUGCCGACCUCUGUCGCGCUCAUGGCAGAGCUCUCUCCCUGUAACGUCCGCUCAAGGCUCAUCCUUCUCAUCCCUGGGUUGGCAUACGCGGUAGGUCAGGUGAUUGUGCUGACGGUAGGGAUCGUGCUGAUGGGGUACUACGGAUGGAACUGCGAGAAGUGCAGCUGGUGGCGAGGGAUGCUGGUCGCAGGAGUCGUGCCAGACGUCGUGGCCGUCCUGAUGGUGUACCUCUACAUCCCGGAGUCCCCCAGAUUCUUGCUGUCGCAGGGUAGGACCGCGGAGGCUGAAGCGAUCAUCAGGAGCAUCGCCGAGACCAACGGGACAGAGUCGCAGCUUCUCCAUCAGGGAGCCAUCAGGCCCGUCAAGGAGGAGCACGACAAGGCAGAGGCGAGCAUGGAGGCUUGGCAGCUGAUGGGGGAGCUGUUCAAGCCUCCCAUGAACAGAAUCCUUCCUCUGGUCGUGGGGAUCUGGAGCUUGCUGGCGGUCGGUCUGUUUAGCCAGUCGUUCGCGUACCCUGUGCUGCUGGAACGAGAUCCCACCAUCACCGCCUUCGACCAGUACUGGCUGAUGAUCCAGCUUGCUUUCAUCGAGAUCCCGGGGCUGGUGGUGCUGAUAUGGGCGCUGGAGGGGACGCACGUGGGGAGGAGAGAGAUCCUGCUCGUGCUGUCGCUUGCCUCUGUCGUGGUCGCCGGCAUCAUGAUCAUGAUCUCCGACAAGGGGACGACGUGGCUUCACCUGGGAAGCAUGGGGCUGAGGCUCAUGGUGGUACUGCCCUACGAGGCCAUGUACAUCUUCGCGGCAGAGCUUCUUCCUACGUCGCAUCGCAACCUGGGCCUGUCGCUGGGCAACGGGGCGACGAAGCUGGUCGCAGCGCUGAUGCCGCUGGUACUCAUGCCUCUCAUUCACUUGUGGGGGGCUUCGGUCUUUCUCGUCAUCCUGCUGGCGGAGGUGCUGGCUGCGGUUCUCGUGUGGGUCUCGCCUCACACCGACGACGUCUUGUACGACUGCGUGGAAGAGAUGCCCAAGACGGUGAACGAGUCGGCGCCGCUUCUGCCCAAGGACGCAACGGUGUAG